AUGAACAGAUUCCACCUCCCAGAAAGCCCAGAGACAAAGCAGACAUUCCCUGCAGAUCUUCUUACAGGAAAGGUUGCUUUCGUUACCGGUGGCAGCUCGGGCAUUUGUAUGAAUCAGACACUCUCCUUAAUGCAACACGGCGCCAACGCAUUUAUUAUCGGCAGAAACCUCGAUAAAGCCCAGAGAGCAGCUGGGGAGUUAUCGAACCAGACCGGGAAAAAGUGUAUUGGACAUAGCUGCGAUGUUCGUAACCCACAUUCUGUUCAAGAAGCAGUAAACGCCGCAAUUAACCACUUCGGUCGUAUCGAUAUCGUUAUUUGCGGCGCCGCUGGUAACUUCCUCGCACCAAUCUCUGCCAUGUCCUCUAAUGCUUUCAAGGCCGUGAUUGAUAUUGACUUGUUUGGCACCUACAAUACUAUUAAAGCUACAAUUGAUCAUCUUAGGAAAUCAAGAGGUGCUUACAUACACAUUACAGCCACACUACACGAGAAGGGUACACCACUUCAAGUACAUGUCUCAGCCGCUAAGGCUGGCAUUGAAGCAUUGAGCAACGUCCUUGCAGUCGAGGAAGGUAUCAAUGGUAUCAGAUCUAACUGCAUAGCACCAGGUCCUGUAAGAGGAACAGAAGGAAUGCAAAAGCUUUCAUUCAAGGGUACAACAACUGAAGAUAGCUCACCUUUAGGCAGAUGGUGUACUUUUUCAGACAUCAAUAACCUCACCCUCUUUCUGGUUAGCGAUGCCGCCAAUAUUCUCAAUGGUCAAGUCUUCAGAGUUGACGGUGGUGAAAGACACGUACAGCCAACCAAUGAUUACCCCAAUAACAUUAUCAACUUUCAGAAAAUGAUUGAUGAUGGCUUGAUUGAGAACAGAGAUGCAUCCAAACAGAGACAAGCUAAGCUUUAA